AUGGGUCAUAGGAUCAAGGCAGUUAGGGCAAGACUGGAUGAAAUUGCAACUGAUAGGAUCAAAUUUGGCUUCAAUGAGCACAACAGAGCGACACAGUUUGAGCAUAUGAAAAGACAAGAUACACACUCAUUUGUACAUGGGGAAGAUGUCAUUGGGAGAGAGGAUGAUAAGGAGUCUAUUAAAAAGCUGUUAUUCGAUCCCAAUAUGAAUGAGAAGAAUGUUUCCAUAAUUCCCAUAGUUGGGAUUGGUGGACAAGGAAAGACCACGCUUGCGCAGUAUGUGUACAAUGACGAGGAGGUUCGAAGACAUUUUGACUUGAGGAUGUGGGCAUGUGUCUCUGAUCCUUUUGACGUGAAAACUAUCAUUGUAAAGCUUAUAGAAUCUGCGACUAAGGAGAGACCUAAAAGCCUUGAGAUGGAUCCAUUGCAAAGUGAGCUUCGAGCAAAAAUUGAUGGGAAGCGAUAUUUACUUGUUUUAGACGAUGUGUGGAAUGAGAAUCGUGGUACAUGGUCCAACUUGGAAAAGUUGUUAGUGGGUGGCCUGAGAGGAAGCAAAGUUUUGAUUACUACACGUAGCGAAAAGGUUGCAGAGAUUACAAGUACAAUUUCACCAUAUCCUUUGAGAGGUUUAUCUGAAAACAGUUCUUGGAAUUUAUUUAAGAAAAUGGCAUUUAAAGACAAGGAAGAGCCAAAUGAUCCAAAGCUAGCAGAAAUUGGAAGGGAGAUCAUACAAAAGUGUGCACAAGUUCCUCUUGCUAUAAGGAGCAUUGGGAGUCUAUUAUAUUUCAAAAAUUCAGAAGAUGAUUGGUUGUACUUUAAAAACCAUGAACUUUACAAAAUAAUUCAACAAGAAAAUGAUAUUUUUCCAAUACUUAAGUUGAGUUAUGAUCAUCUCCCAUCCCACUUGAAGCAAUGUUUUGCCUUUUGUUCAUUGUUUCCAAAAGAUUAUGAAAUUGAAAUGGAGGUGUUGAUUCAGUUAUGGGUAGCUCAAGGCUUUCUUCAUUCAUCAUAUGGAAAUAGACAUCUUGAAGAUAUUGGUCGCGAAUAUUUUAUGGAUUUGCUUUGGAGGUCGUUCUUCCAAGACGUACAAAGAGAUAUAGCUGGUGAAUUAGAAAAGUGGAAAAUGCAUGACCUUAUUCACGAUCUUGCACAGUCAGUAGCAGGUGAGGAGUGCACAAUUUUAUAUCCAGAUAGAGAAAAAGUAGUUGGAAGAACUCGUCAUGUGGCAUUUCAUUCUUCAAAUUCAUUACCAGAUAUUCCUGCACUUUUGCCCAAGCCUAACAAAAUAAGAACACUUCUUCUACACAUUCCAAUACUUCCAAGACUUGAUGAUGAGCUUAACUUGAACAAUGCGGUACUUGAGUUGAAUAAACCAGUCUCUAAUACACUUAUUUCAAGUUUUAAAUGCUUGCGUGCUUUGAAUUUGAGUCAAUCGAGUAUUCAAAAAGUGCCGAAUUCCAUUGGUGUGACGUUAUCUAGUUGGGUGUCCUCGCUCUCAAAUUUGACUAGUAUUCAAAUAGCGAAUAGUAAGUGGCUUCAACAAAUCCCACCAUUGGACCGAUUCCCUUUUCAGGAGCGUCAUUAUCUUAAAAACUUGAGUGAGCUGGAGUACAUAGGCAAUGAUGGUAGUGACGUGUCCUCUUAUCCCCUGAAAAUUCUCAGAACUCUCACACUUAUUAAUUUGCCAAAGUUGAGGGGAUGGCGAAAGACGAGGGAAACAAAUCAUCUUCCAUUAUUCCCUUCAUUUCCUUCCCUUUAUCAUUUAUUUAUCAGUAAUUGCCCUAUGAUGUCCCUAACAAUAUCCUCCUCUUCCUCUCCCCUUUCCGAUCUCUCCAAAUUGAAGUAUCUUUAUCUUGAGGAAUUAGAGGACCUUGAAUAUCUGCCACUAGAGUGGCUGCAAAACCUCACUUCUCUUGAGACCCUGGGCAUUUGGGAUUGUCGUAAAAUGAGAGUAUCAAUUUCUCCACUCUUUCAACAUCUCACCUCACUUGAAAAUCUGUCUAUUCUUCACUGCAAAGAACUUAUCAUCAAUGAGAAUGAAGAUGGCAUACAUGGCCUUGGACCUACAAGAUUUGGUCAUCUAUCUAUCGUAGGCGUUCCAAAUUUGGUUUCUCUCCCAAGAGAGCUUAGAGAUGUUACCACUCUGCAAUGGAUUCAAAUUAUGGAUUGCCCUAGUUUGGUGUCUUUACCGGAGUGGAUAGGCGAUCUCACUUCACUUCAGGAAGAAAAUACAAUUGAAGCAAUUGAAGCAUUUCUGAUUUAUGAUUUUGGAGAAUUUCUUGUUUAUCGGAUUUCAUAUGCAGAAACAAUUGAUGCACUGACAUACAUGGAUUUAAGAUUUGGAGCCAACCCGAAACUUUUUCACUCUGCAACUAAGCAUUUAGUUGAGAAGUCGGGAAUUUGA